AUGACAGCAACAACAGUCGAAUCUAUAGAAAGAAAGAUAAACAGUCACCUAAGAAGAUGGCUAGGAGUACCACCAAGUUUUACAGCCAUAGGCCUUUACAGUAGAUCACCACAACUACAGCUACCUUUAACAUCAACUUUGGAGGAAUACAAGGUAUCAAAGAGCAGACUUGUUAUGACUCUCAGAGACUCGAAGGAUAGCAAGAUCAGUGAGGCAGGAAUACAGACACGUACUGGACGUAAAUGGUCAGCAAGAACUGCAGUCGAUCAAGCAGAAAGUAUUCUUCACCACAAAGACAUAGUUGGCAACACCUGUACUGGUAGACAAGGCUUAGGAAUGACACAUUUCCAACAGUGGUCAAAGGCAACACCAAAAGAGAAGAGUAGCAUGGUACAGUCAGAAAUAAGAACAGUAGAAGAAGAACAAAGAAGGGCGAAAGCAGUGGAGCUAAGCCGUCAAGGUGCAUGGAUGAAAUGGAACUUGCCAGAAAGAAAGAUCACAUGGGCAGAGUUAUGGAGGAUGGAACCAUUCAGAAUCUCAUUCAUGCUUAGGUCAGUGUACGAUACACUUCCUUCCCCUUCAAACUUACACCAGUGGGGACUGAUAGAAGAACCAAGCUGCAAGUUAUGUGGUGAACGAGGUACUAUGGCACAUAUACUUUCAGGCUGCAAGGUUGCUCUGACACAGGGAAGGUAUCGAUGGCGACACGACAAGGUCCUAAAACAUCUAGCAGAAAUCCUUGAUAUAGAGAGAAAAAGAAGAGACCAUCAAAAACAGAGGCAAAACAGAUCAGAUUCGUUAGAGAGGGAGAUACUGGACAUGCAACAAAGUCUCAACAGCACUUCAUCUUGGACAAGGGCAGUGAUUGGAACAUGA